GACAAGUGAGUUGCCAGGAACAAAGAUGGCGGCCUCUAACGCGCAUGCGACGCUAAACCAUAGACAGCGUCGGACGCUCUGGUUGGCUCUCUAUGGUAUGUUGGCGGUUCCGGUUAUCCUCCGGCUCCACACGUGUGCUGUGAUCAGGGCCAGUGGGAGCAGAGUGUGGUGAAAUGGUCGCUGAGGGUGAUGUCCGUGUGGUCCGGUGUGGAGGGAGCAGGCUGAAUUAUCGGAAGGCAGUGUUUACUGCAGACGGCAAGUGAGUUAUAUGGGAAGAUACUGUAUGGCUGAUCUCCAUGAGGAUCAGUGUGCUCGCUCUCACCAACAUUCCUAGUGCUCUAUACGUGCCCAGGGCACACACUCUGACACUCUGAUAGUGUACUUGGUGGACAUCAAAUGCAGGCAGGACAAUGUGACUAGCCAUAUGUUUACAUCUAGAAUGUAUGAGCAGGGCCACAUUUAAAAAAAAAAAAAAUAAUAUAUAUAUGUAUGUAUGGCAUUUUGUCAAUUACUUGCAAUUACAAACACUACUGUACAACAGCACUGCAGAAUAUGAUGACACUUUUAAAAAUAUUAAGGGUUAUUCCAAGCACUAUAACCACUUCAGUUAUUUGAAGUGCUCAUGGUGCCUGGAGUCUAUAUGCGCAGCAUUUCACUUUGAAACGUUGCACAUACAGAGUUUAGCCCCUUGGCUUGUAGUUGUAACUCCACCUCUGGUAGCGUCAUGGAGAUGUGUUUAGCCAGCACAGAUCAAAAGUUCCGUGUUGGCUAAUGUCAAUGCUGUGUGAAUGUUUUUUGCACAGUGUGACAUUUAUUGGCUGAGAGCGGUCAGCUGACGCUUUUUACCAAUUAAUGGCAGCUGGAUCAGUUUACAUCUUCUGCAGAAGCUGGAAUCAUGUCAGCAGAGGAGCUUGAAGCGUCUGAGCAUGGCGUUGUUAAACAGAUUGCCCCAUUACCAGGGAACAGGGCCAGGGUGCUCCUGGCAUUAUGACAAUAAAGUCUGAACUAGAAACACAGGUGUCAGGAAUACAAAUGUGUAUUCCUGACAUCACACCAUUUUAGUUGUCUGAAACCCCCCUGUGCCUGUGUUAAAAAGUAAAAAACUUACCAUUAUUAGAAGGCUGCGCGGCUCUGCCACUCAUGUCUCCGCCCCAGCCUCCUUGCCUCAGAUCAUCAAAACAACACACUGUGACAAUCAGCAUCUGCCAAUGCAUCUCUAUGGAAAGCGUUCAGUGUCUCCAUGAAAAGUGUGGAGACACUGAACAUCUGUGCUGCACAUUGUGCAGAACUAACACAGGAAGCACCACUAGUGGAAAUUUGAGUGACUGCCACUAGAAGUUUUUCUGAAGCAGCAAUCUGAACACUGCAUUUUCUCUGAAAAUGCAAUGUUUACAUUUAAAUUCCUGCAGAGACAUACUAUAUACACCAGAACAACUUAAUUAAGGGGACACUCCAGGCACCCAGACCACUUCUGCCCAUUGGAGUGGUCUGGGUGCCAAUUCCCAUCACCCUUAACCCUGCAAGUGUAAUUAUUGCAGUUUUGUAUUUAUCAGACAGCCACUAGAGGGACUUCCAGGUUCUUAAAACAUGAAAAGUGUUUUAAACGACGCUGGAUGACCUCACGCUAUGCAUGAGAACCUCCUGCGUCGCCAGAAUCCCCAUAGGAAAGCAUUGAAUAAUGUUUUCCUAUGGGGAGGUCUAAUGCACGCACGCGUUGCCAUUUUCCCCCGCGGGGUAGGAGCGUGGGCGGAGCCUGACCCAGCUCCGAGGGACAUCGGGGCUUGAUUCAGGUAAGUCACUGAAGGGGGUUUUAACCCCUUAAGCAAUAUAAGAUGGGGCGUGGGAGGGACGGGGGCACUGCAGUUUUCUUCAGUGCCAGGAAAACAAAUCCGUUUUGUUUUGUUGUUUUCCUGGCAUUGGAGACUCCCUUUAAGCUGUAGUGGUUGUAUUAACUACAGUGUCCCUCUAACUUUGUUAAAUGGAAUUCGUUGACCAAAAAGUAAAAUAUUGCAUGAAAUAAGAUGGAAUAUUCUUCUUAAAGGGACACUAUAGUCACCAGAACAGCUACAGCUUGUUGUAGUUGUUCGGGUAUCUGUUUACAUUACUGCCUGUGAACUAGGGAUCGACCGAUAUUGAUUUUUUUUUAGAGCUGAUACCAAUAAUCUGUGAACUUUCAGGCCGAUAGCCAAUAACUUGCCGAUAUUCUGUACAUUUACCAUUUUGAAAAAAUAAACUAUUUCUAAAGGUAAAUGCAAAAAAUAUACAUGCAGUGGAUUACGUGUAGUGGAUGCAGUGUGUAUUUGUGUAGUGUGUAUAUAUAGUGAAUGCAGUGUUUGUGUAGUGUGUGUAUAUAAUGAAUGCAGAGUGUUUGUGUAGUGUGUGUGUUUCUGAAGGGAUGUAAUUUGUGUAAAAUGGGGAGUAGGCAGGUAUUUUUUAUUUUAUUAAUAUAUAAAUGUUUUUUUUUUUUUGUCCCCCCUCCCUGCUUGUUGCCUGGCCAAGGAGGGGGGCUAUGGCAUUCCUUGAUGGUCGAGUGGCAUGUACUGAGCAAUGGGGGCCCGCAGCAAGCUGUCACUUACCUUCCCAGCAGCUCCCCUGUGUAAAUCUUGCGGUCUGCGUGCCGCGCGGAGCAUUGCCAUGGUAACCUGUGAUACCACUCUGACAGCCGCGGGACUCUCAAGAUUUACACAGGGAGCUGCUGGGAAGGUAAGUAACAUCUUGCUAUGGGCCCGGCGGUCCUGUUAUGUAUUAUCGGCAAUAUCGAUAUCUUUAUUGGCCGAUAUUGCUGAAAAUACCGAAGAUCGGCCGAUAAUAUCGGUGAAACCAAUAAUCGGUCGAUCCCUACUGUGUACACCUCCAGUGGCAGUCACUCAGACAGCCACUAGAGGUGCUUCCUGGGUCAGUGUUUCCCAUACUGAUGCAUCGAUUCAGUGCAUCUCUAUGAGGAAAUGCUGAUUGGCGCAGCUUUUUUGCUGCGCAUGCGCAAUAGCCUCAGCGUUGAAUUGGACAAGACCAGACAGGGCCAGCCACGGUGAGGUACACAAGGUUAGUAUAAUUACCUUUAAUCUCCGGAUAAAGGCGCAGACUUAUAUAUAGCAGUCCCCCAAGGCCACAGUUAUAGGUAGGGCUUCACCAGUCACAAUCACUUCAAGCUGGUCGAUUCUAAGAGAGGCCGUUAUCCCGCCAUAUUGCUCAGUGCGCCCAAGUCUCACUGCCUAAAUCAUAUUUAGCACAUCUCAAGUCUCUUGGCACUUAUAUCUACUGUCACCAACCUUGGUAGUUUUUCACCACUAGGCAUUAUAUAGCUUGCUUGUUAAUGCUGAGUUAAAGGGUAUAGUAUUAAAUAUACCUAUUGAGAUGUCAUUGGUUCAGUUGGUCCACUCUUUGAUAGCUAAUCAGGUGCCUCAAAUCAGGGUGACAAGCUUUCCUUAGUUAGAACCCCGUCUAUGGGUAGCCAGACGAACAUUGGUGAGUACAAGCUCCCUCAGAUCAUGGACUGUUGCCAAAAUUACGGCAGAGUAAUUCUGGAGUUGCAAGUUGUGACUUCAAAUAUCUUUGCAAGCUCCAUCAGUAAGACGCAUCAUUUACAAAAUAUCCGUGCAUGCCUAAGAGAGGAAGGCUGUUUCCUACAAUUCCAUUGCCACCUAUAGCAACUGGCCUAUGUUGCUGUGUUUCACCCUAAAUUAUCCCAGUGCAUAUCCAGCAGAUAUUUCAAUCCAUGUUGCAUGUAGCCCAAAACCCCUUUAUGCAAGUGAUAGGGACAGAAAUGAAGCUAUAUGUGUGAAGUUUGUAUUUGUUUUUAAUCUGAAAAGUAUGGACUCUUGAGUAUGGUCUCCUCUGAUGGCAAUAUCGCACAUUUAGUGGUGGUGCAAAUAAAUUGAUACUUCAUUUCUAGUGCUGAAAUUACUAUACUGUCAACACUUUAAAAAUGUAUGCUUUUAUAUUCUUUGUUAGGUACCUCCUGUGUGUUUCCGGUGAUUUCAUCAAAUUAUAUAGCACAUCCACAGAAGAAUGCAUUCAUGUUUUACAAGGUCACAAGAACGUGGUCACUGGCAUUGAACUUAACCCACAAAACCACUUACAGGUAGGAUAAUCCGUUCUUUACCAACCAACACAGACACUGGUUCUAUGUAAAUUGGAAAUGAGAAACCUGCAGCUCUCCUGAUAUUGAUAAAAAAUAUAUAGGUUUUCCAAUAAAUCUUUAUAAAGGUUAAGUCCCUCCGCCACCUGUGAAUACAUUCCAAUCAGACAUUUUGCUUACUUUCCAGCACAACAAAAACUAGAGUACUUGUGGUCUAGAUGCUUUGAUAAUCUUCUGUCGAGUGUGUCUAAUGCUUGCUCCAUUAUAUAGGAACUGUUUCUUUCCAUUCUAACAUCAAUGUGCUGACAAUGAAGCUAAAGUGUCAGUGUCGCAUAGAAAUCUAGUGCUGGCCCACCUGCGCCAAUGUUGCAUUAUGGGAUGCAGGCAGGGUAAAUAGUUUACCUUCCAUUCCAGAAGACCUUUUGAGAAAAGGGCAGGUAUGGCUAAUGGGGUGGAGUUAUGCUUGCAGAAAGCUGUAAAAUUUCAAAACCUUCUUCAGUCCCCUAGAUUGGAUGAGUUAUUAACUAUAUGGCUUUUUAAGAAGUCAAACCAUUUUAAAAUGGCGUUAAAACUUGGCUGGGCUUCUAUUCUCCUCUGCUCUGACCCAUUCUUCAGAUGCCACUAAAGCUGCAUUCCCUACGUCCACAUUAGUGAAAUUGGUUGUUCUGAUGCCCCAAAGCACAAUGUGUUUGUUCAGAUCUAGAAUGACAGAUUGGUCAUGACUGUUUCAUGGAUGAAUGUUGGAAGACAGUCCAAGUGCUCAAAGUAGAGGUGUUCCUGGACAACCAUGAUGUUAUGUGCAUACUCAAAGUAGGGUACUGGCAGUAAUAUUUUGUGAGUCAGUGCUCCCUGGUUCCAAGCUUUUUGUAUCCUGUGUUUUUGCGUGUAGGUAUCUUAAUGUCCCUAGGAGGCAGAAUUCUAAAGCACAGACGGUUUCAUGCUGAAUCUUUUAGACUCCAAUGUCUUUAAAAUAAUAAAUGAUCUGUGUACUUGUAUAUUGUAAUUAUUAUAAUGCCUUAAUUUGAUAUUUGCGUGUUUUUAUCACUUCCUCAGCUUUAUUCAUGUUCGUUGGAUGGUACUAUUAAAUUAUGGGAUUUCAUGGAUGGAAUCUUAAUAAAGGUAUGUUGUACUAUCAUUCUUGCAUAUUAAUAGCUUCUGAUACACUAAUAUUUAUUGUGUUAGUCAUUUUAGCUCAUGAACUACUCCAGGAGUAUCUUUCCAUUUUGUACCAGUUUUUUCCGUUCACUUUUACUUUUUGAACUGUGUAUUGCCUGCAUAGAUUUGGAACUCCCCUUAACUCCAUCAAUGACAACAUUAUAACUUCAUGGCAUUGGUUAAACCUUUCCUUUAUAAAUCUUGGGGAAAAAGUUAGAACAGAUUUUAAGUAUACUUAUGAUCCCAAAGUACCUCUUAGCUGUUCGUGUACUGGUCUGUCCCAUGCCAUUUGCACAUUGACAGAUUGAUUAUGAAGUCAAUUCCAGUGGCAACCUUUUGUUAGUUCUAAUUAUUAUUUUUUUCUCUCCCCGUGAAUAAGGAAUACGUUGUUGUGGGGUGUCUAUCUGUAGCAAUCUAUGUAUAGAUAAAUUAAUAUUGUGCUUGCAACUCUAAAGAUUACAUGUAAACUCAGUCUGUGGUUGUGUGUUUUGCUGGGACAGUACUUGUUAAUGAAGAGGCAAACAAUCCUUUUAGAUGCCAAGAAAAUUUUAAGUCCAGCUCUUGCCACAACUUCUUCCAUAUCAUGACUUCCUCUAUCUCUUUGGGAAAAAUUGCAUUACUCUCGAGCGACACAUUUUGCUGGAUUGUACAGUUUUUACGUAAUAAAUUGGUUUCCAUGGUGAUUGCUCCACCAUUGUGCUAAUUAACCCCAAAUAUUAUAAAAAUAAUAUAAUUAAAUACAAUAAAAUAUAUUUCUAAUAAAAUAUAUGUCUACAGUGUAUUUAAUAUGGAAAAAACACAAUUUGUGAUUAUGUCAAAAGUAUACAUUUUAGUAUGAAUACUUGCAGUCUUUUUACUGGGAGAUUUUCAUCACAUUGCGUGUGCACAGCACACACGAACAAGCAUACAUGAAUAAAGUACUGCCAAAAUGAUCAAACUUUAGAGAAGAUAAAUAUGUCGCUUCUAAACAAUUCAUUAAGUUACAGAUCUUUCAGAGCUACUUGUAAGAACUACGCUACUGUAAGUGAAAUUGCAGAAUAAGUCACAGGGAUUUUGGGGGGUGUAAAAGGCUUAGUCUGCCACUGUGCUCUCUAUCUACGUUAAUAGCUCUUAAAUGGAAUCAGUGGUCACUAAAGGCACCCUUUUUUUACAUUGUAUAGAUAAUGCAUUACAGUGUUAAAAUACACCAUGUUUAAAGAUCCUGAAGCUGCACAACUUAGUAAAACUGACUGCAACUUCAAGACAGACCUGUUUCUCCCCUAGAAGAGACUCUACCAGUCAGUAGCCUCUCAUCCUAUUCUAGGGGUUUGAUCUCACCCAAUAAGUAAUUUAUCUCUCAGCUGCAGUUUCAUUCAUCUCAUAGGAUGAGUGGAUCUACUCUGUAAACUGUGCAGUCAUACCACAGCUGCUGUCAGAGUGUGUGUGUGUGUAUAUAUACACACACACACACACACACUGUCUGGUUAACAGUUGUUGUGCGGUUGUUGUUUUUUUUCCCAUCAUGUGCUUCAUAUAGUUUAUAAUUUUCGAUACCUUUAACCCCUUGCAAACGAAGACAAUUGUCCAAGUUGUGAACCAAAACAAAACCCAGAAUUUGUAUUCUGUGUUUCUUCCAGUGUAAUUUAAGGGACCUUCACCUGGAUAGUCUAUUCAGACUAUCGGGAAUCAUCUAUGGACUAAAUCACCACAUUGAUUUAAAAUAUUUUAGGGCUAUAUGCAGUGCUCAUUUUGAGCUGAAUACAACUCAUUGGUCAGUCAAUGACUAUUAGAUUUGACCCUACUCACACCAGACUUUCAAGCCAGAGAUUUAAAUUCUCGGUUUUAAAUAGCUUUAUGCAGGACUGACUUUGAGCACUGCAUAUCUGUCAAUCUGGCACCACUGAAUAACUGACAAACUGGGACACCUGACAAUCCCCUGGUGUGAGCAGGGAUUUAACUUUGCUUACAUCAAAACAGUAGAACCUGUCUUUACCACUAAUGUCAUCUAAGCCCAUGCUGUGUAGAAUGUACUGAUCAUUGCCUUCUCUUUUGUGACCUAUGACCCAUGCAGUGCAGUCGCCACAAUUCUCUUAUCUGAUGCUUCACGUAGAGCUCUAAUGAAUCUAGUGCUUCUCUAUAACUUUGGAUAUAUUCGUUAUCUACAUGCUUGGGGUGAUGCCGCACUUUCAAAUAUUGUUCAAAUUAUGAAUAAUGUUUAAAUAUUGUGUUGUUUACACAAAAUGUUCCCUAAAACAUCAAUGUUUAACAUAUUAUGAACUGCAGCCAGAAUAGACCCUAAAUAACCUACCAGAGGCUUCCUAUUGAGAAGCCUCUGAAUCAAACCUGGUCUGAGAAGGAGGUAUGCUGGGACAGGCACGUGCGCUAACUUCUGUUAGCUCAAGGGAGCUAAUGGAAGCAAUAAGUAAACCUUCCUGGCUGCCUGGCAACCAUGGGGAUGUUUGACUAAGUAUAAAAGUGCCCAUUUCUAUGACAAAUUACAACUUUUAUAAAGUGCCUUUGAAAUGGGAUACUCCUCACUCUUCUUUGCUUUGAGUCCUUUACAAUUAUGUUUUUUUGAUGAACUGAAGGCUUUUUAAAGGGGACAGUCUAAACAAAAUAACCACUACAACUUAUUAUAGAGGUUAUGGUGCCAGCGAACCAUCUUGCUUCUAUUUCAAACUGUUUAACUAGAGGGGUCCAUACUCCUUAUAUCCUAAAAAGAGACCGUCAGGUUUGUCCUUUAACGCAUCUUUUCUGCUAUUAAGAGAGUAAAAAUUAUUUUACUUGGUUCAAGCUGUUACUCCAAAACUUAUCUUUUGUAACCAUGUUAUUUACUUUCAGUCAAAUGUAUGAGUAUUCAUAUUGUGAUUGAGAAGAAUAUUUUAUGUUAUCUUUCCCUCUUCAUUUUAACUACACUUGGGGCGGAGGAUUUUUUUUUUUUAUUAUUAUUGAUAAUAAUCGAAAUUUCUCUAUCUUUUCAGACGUUUUCAGUUGGGUGCAAGCUCCUUGCUUUGUAUACUGCUAAAAAUGGAAAUUGUGUGUAUGCAAUCACGCCUAAAAAUAACAACGAAGCCUCAGGUAGGAAGCGUCACCUUUAUAUAAUUAAAUCAAAAUGUGAAUGUAUAGUUGCUAAUUAUUAAUGUCCCUUUCUGGUUACGCACUAAAACUGAGCAGUUCAUAUUUCAGAGGAAAUACUAUCCAUUAAACAGCGCAGAUUGUAACUAAUCAAUAGCUCUUUUUUCCAGCAUUACUGUUUUAACUUUGGCAUUGGUGCUUGGCUGUCAACCGACUCUUCAGUUAAUAUAUACUUGGAGUUGUAUGAGGACAGUAGAUUGAUGGACAGCACAGAUUUACAUUUGGUCAGUGCUCAUUUUGCAUUCCUAGUAAUUUCAUAGUAUUUUUGGUGUUCCAUUUCUUUCUGCAGACACAUUUCAGCUGAUUUCAAUAAAAUUGCCAAAGUCAGUGGAUCAGGAAUGUGAAGUCACACAGCUCUCUGUAAUAUUUGACGACGUCAGUGAAUCACCCAAGUGUACAGCCGUGGGAAGAGAUGUAAGAUUUAUUUUGCUAUAAUUUUUUGUUGUGUGUGCUUUUUAUUUCAGCCUGUAGAGUACAUCUCAAUGCUCCAUUAUCCAUAGGACUAAACACUUAUGAAAAAGCCUAAAACACUGUCAUUAAUAAUCAGGGCUCUUUUUUUGUUGUUAAUGGUUUGAUUUGAAUUGUAACACUCUUCUAAUCAAUUUUACAGAACUAAGGAAGUUUAGGUUGGCCCUUUCCAAGGGAGUGGGGAAAGAGGGAAAAGGAAGGGGGAUCUAUGCAUCGUAUUAUUCAAAUUAAUCAUGUUUAGCUACAUCUUCUGUCUUUGUAAUGUUUUUGAUGCUUGAUGUAUUGUUAUAUAUAUAUAUAUAUAAUAUACAUAUACAUAGCUUGGAGUUGUGGGGAUGGAUGAUCCUGCCUAUAUACGCUCAAACUUACCUCCAUACCGGGCCGACGUUGAUUGGUCACUUCUGGUUCCGUUUUUCCACCAGAAAGCGCCAACUGCGACAUAUCCCGCUCACCUCCUGUCCUGGCAUUGCCAGGGAAAUUCCCCUUGGGUGGCACUCCUGGGCCCAGCGACAGUCAGAAUUCCACACAGGCCUUGAGGAAGGCCCACGCACCGUGGAGCAGAAACUCCAGCCACGGCCAUUUGUACACAGCCACUCCCAGCACGCUAAAGCCACUAAGCUUCCGGGGCAUCCUCCUGAACUUCCAGGGCAGCGUCCAGGCGAUCAGUAAUCGGAAGUAAAUAUGAACGUGCCAAAACCACAGAUCGGGUUUUGGCAUACGCACGAACGCAACUCAGGGGGUACUUAAGUUACACACGCAAUAUUUUCUCACAAACUGUUGAAGCUCGCAUAUGAGUGAGUAAACUAACACGGGUUGAAACUACUCAAAACACACUUGUACUAACGCGUCAAAAGCAAUACAAAACACACAUUUAAACGAGUUAACACUAAACGCAUACGCAUGUAUACGAACCAGCAUUACAUCACCAGUUGCACAGGCAUCAGUACAGAAGAGACCACAGGCUGCUAGUCUCUCCUGCACAUGACAGAAAACAUUUCAUUUGUCUCAAACAGUGUUCCAAUGCUUCAUGUAAUAACACAUGGCAACACCGCCACCUACUGGCACACUACACGGUAUUAAUCGGCGGGAAAUGCAAAUUGGUGGGAACGCAAUGGUUAAUAAGCUGGAAUGGUUACAAAAUAGACUCGCAUUGUCCUUAUUGUAUUCACAGAAUACUGUUCAAUACUUAUCGCUCAUCAACUAGUCACUUUCAAUUCUCUUGGAUACACGGUACGUUAAAAGUUGGGCAGCAACUAGGGAGGAGGACGGAGGGAGAGGUCAAGUCACAAUCUGGACAGUCAACUAAACACUUAGUAAGCCUCUGUCCUAGCUCCAAGUAUUAAUACGGGCAUGCUAGGGGUUAAUAUCAGUAUAAGAGCGUCUUGACAUGUCAUAAAUAGGGUUAAUUACAGUCAAAACUACUAUCGGCCUACAGCACCAGCUCAAACGGAUACGCAAGUGUCUACCCGUAUACGCGAUAUGUACCUCAUAUAUACAAUCCGCAAACCACUUACCAGGUACAAAGCGUAAUUUAAAUAAUAUUAGCACUAAAUAUUGGAAAUUAAGGUAAGCCUCAUUUUAAUACCCAGGAAAAUAAUUCCUGGCGGUUAUACUUUUCGUUAAACAUGUAUAUCAAGGCCUCACUCUGCCUGUUAUGUUCACGGAUCAGGCUUAUUUAGACAUGGCAGCGGACCCACGUUUGGUCCUCCUUAUAUUUUUACAUCCAUGUAGUGACUUCUAUAGUACUAUCUGCUUUCCAGCUUUUACAAUUACUCCACUAGGCCACUGACAAUUCUUUUAAUUGGGUUACUAUUCACUACUUUGGCAACCAUUGAGGUGGGAUUACAGGACAUCCAGUGCUAAUUAUACCAUGCAGGGAUUAAUACCAGCUCUUAAACAUAGUAUCUUCCAGGUGUACCCUUUCAUUAAUUUCGUUAUCACUUCAGGUUACCGAUCAUCAUGCAGUCACUGUAAUACUAUGUUGUCAAACAUCAGGCGAUGUUAAACUCACAUUAGGCACAUUUCAAAUACAUUGGUUACCAAUCAAACACGACUAUGUCAAUCACUACAACUACGAUUCAGAUUUAACCAUUUUGCAUGUCUGCUAAAAGAUACGGUAAACUAGAGUUUCCCACUUGUUUCAUAUUAACGUCGAGGCCUCACUCUGUCUUCAUUACGAGUACUGAAUACAAUUCAAACCCUUAUCAUUUACCAGGAGCUUGCCUCUGCAUGUUACUUUACGUUCAAGAUAUACAUCGGUUUAAUGACUUUCUGGCAUGAUAUCUGUUUUCUGUUUAGAUACAUUACAACCGUAGACAUUCUUAGGAUACAGACUAUUUGCUUUCCCAAGCCUAAUUUUUGUCAUACCGACACAUCUUGUCUUUAAAUUUAAAACCACAAUCAGACUCUCCUCUUAACGUCCCGCUUACAAAAAGUGCAAAUUUUUUUACCCGUCUGUUAGCAACUGCAUUCUCCUUCUAAUUUUUUGGUCCAUACCACUAUCGGUGGUAUCAUCAGGUUCCAGUCCUUCUCUCUCUGACUCUAUCCAGUUGCUCACGCACAUACGUUUACGUUAACACUCGUUCCGCGAGGCUCUCCACCUCUACACGGAGGUUUCGCCCAACUCCUAGUUAGUGCAUACUCCUCUACAGGGUCGUAGUCAGGGCCUCACAUGUCAUGGCCACAAGUAUUGACUCUUUUACCAUCACCGACAGGCCAACACCCCGCUACAACACAUUGUAGCUACAAGCCACACGGCCCAAAUCAUAGAGCCUCUCACAGCCGCUUGGCAACUAGCAGGACCUCACGAUCAAUAAGUACUCAGUGUGUUCGCUUAUCGGCGCUAGUUGGCAACACAGCUCUACUUAAGGGAUAUUAUUGAUUUGUUUCUUUUUGUUUUGCAUUUUUACUCUUCAUUAAUUCCCUUACAGGAGGCUGCAAGAAAUAGUGCCUUGAGACGUUCUAUAGCUAUAUAGACCCUGUCAUCCCAGGUCCCCCGCAGAACUCUCUGUCCCUGCCACUCCCACGGCCUUGGACCUUGCUUAAUUUUGACGGUUGAGCUACAAGUUAGGAGGCACCAUCUUCACGGCCACAGCCGUAAAGGGCAAAUAUACCCGAACAAACUGGUCAUGUCCUAGAGCGGCGCAUGCCAGUAGUUCAAUUAACUCACCAUAGUAAUCAGCCAAUUUCAGUCAUCCAUAGCAUCACAACGGUGCCUGUUUCCACAUACGAUACUAGGUCCUCCCUAAGCCAUUUCGACUUUUAUCAUACAUCAUUCUAGUUAGUCCCCUAAAUGGCCAGAUGUCGCAACGCUGAAGUGGCGUUAGGCUUACACUUGGGUAUAUAUACUCUGUUAAACAACAUUAAUUUUAACUGGUUAAACGUUCACCAUACACAUGCACCGACAAUUCCACAUAGGGUUUUUCUUCAAAAUCAGGUUUUGCUUUAGAUUUAGUUUUUCGUUACGUGAGGGUUGUUGGUUUUGGUAACUUCCAAGACGUGUUUAACAGGUUUACAAUACUGCUGAAACCGUCAGUACAGCUUUAUGAUCCACAUAAACACUUUAAUCAUAGGUUCUAAUUGGCAUCGCUUUAAUUACCAAAAAUUUCUGACUUCUCCAAUAUCACUAUUCACUAAUCAGCCUCCGGGCUAUGCAAUUUCAGUGUAGGCCAACACGGGCGUACGUAUCAGGCAAUUACCUGCCAUCAAUACGGUCUCGUUACAGGUUCACAUUUCACAUACAAUCUAUAGUUUAAUCAUUUUUAGAAUUUUAGGUAUGACACAAUGCUGCAUUGGUUUUCAUCUCAUGUCAUAUGCUGUUCAACGUGUGUAUGACACCUGGUUGUUUCUGGUCAUUUAUACUAAUCUUCCUUUUUGAACAGUAUUACCCCAGUCGGCCACGUUACUUACCCCCAAAUUGUUUUGCAAACGUAUUUAUAGGGUCGUCACUCAGAUGUUUACUACAAUUUUCAUUAAACACCGUAUGGGGCAAGUAUUCAGCAGACUACACUUUCUCAACGUACAAUGUACUCCUCCUGCUUUUAUAAGGCAUUUCAGUUAUGACUUUUGGAGGUUACCAUAGUUCACUAGCACCAAGUCUCGCCAUGCCGGACUACCCUCAUUACGGGUAAGUAGGCCUUCAUGGCAUCUACGCUUAGCUCGACAGAUUAGGUUCAAUCGAUCAGGUACACAAUAACCCUUUAUUCCCGGGACGUCAAGAGACUUACUCUUUCUACUUAACCCAAGCAUGGUCCACCCUACAUAUACAUUCUACCAUUUCAAUCAAUUUAUGUGUUCAUGCUCAUUUACGUUCUUUCUCUACGUUUUUGGUCUAAGGGGAAUUGACUUCUCUCACGACUGCCGGUUGUACAGAAGUACCUCACUUGUUCUCCCUAGGAGACAUUAACUGGGCCAUCUUUCAACAAUACCUCCGCCCCUUUUUCGGGAUCUACCCCAUAGUGACAACACCUGGACACUCUUAACACAGCAGCUGACACCCCCUCUCGUUCUAACCCACAGGGUUCUGCAAGUACAUCCCACAGCCUGCGAAUCCCAAACAAACCACAACUAUUCCAGGAACUCAUCCUGGACAAGCAGUACUCUUGGUGUACUGGAGAAUACUAGCACAAACUGCACUUUCAGCGAACACGAGGCGCUCAUACAAUCACGCUCUCAUUGUCAUCAACAGAUUCCUUACCAAAUACCAAAUCAAAAGCCCGUUGACAUUAGAUACUAUGGUGGCAUUAAUCUCAUUUUGACUCCUAAUAUUAUAGUCUCGCACAAUACAAUAAAACUAACAGGCAUACAACACAUCCCCCAAUCACAGUACCUUUACGUCACCAAACACAAUAAAACAUUUUAAGAUGCAUCCUACGACUAGUAGGUCACAAACCCAUGAAACGACAACCAAUAGACGGCAUAAAGUGCAGAACGUUAUCCGACAUAUAGGAUACGCAACCGUUCGAAACAGAAACAAAUAAGACUAUUAAAAUCGCUAUAAUUAUCGCCGCUUACGUGUUUUAUGGCCUAGUGAAUUCACAGUAGAGAAAGGCAAACGAUACUACCAACAUGCUAAAAUAGCUGACCUAAACGAGGAGGGAAACACUAUGUUUUGAAACCACGCCAAUCUAAAAAUCAAUCCAGCGGGGCCGCCUGGCAACAUACACCUGUUCCCCACUGGUAACAAUGACACCCAGUUCAAUUACUUGACCAUUCUCACCUGGCCCUGAUAGGUCAGGACAAAAGUGCUCCCCUACCAAGCUUACACAGUAACCCACUGACAAUAUCAAUCAUAGUAUACAUAGGAACUUUACUUACUAAAUAAUAGUUGGCGAGACGUCAGCUUUCACAGGCCAUUCUUUUAAUAUAGGGGCAGCAACAACAGUCUCUAGUCAAAACGUACCAGGACACAUAGUCAAAGACUGGGAUGAUGGAAAUUGUCUGCAUACAACCGGCAAACAUUUAAAGAGUUAGCCGAAUAUUGAAGAACUGUCAUAUCUUCACGAUCGUUAAAUACAAAUACAUACGUACUAAAGGUGGUAUGGUUGCCUUCUUUAUUUACAGGCCCGCCCACCCGAACAUCGGUUUCGGCACACCACAACCCGAAUUUAGUUAAUGUUAUGGUUAACGUUUACUCUGUUUGUUUCCCUGACCACAAAUAUAAAUAUACACAUAUAUAUAUAUAUAUAUAUAUAUAUAUAUAUAUAUAUAUAUAUCUAUACAUAUAUCUAUCUUAAAGGACCACUAUAGUGCCAGGAAAACAUACUCGUUUUCCUGGCAUUAUAGUGCCCUGAGGGUGCUCAAUAUUAAGUCAGCGCUGAUCCCAGUAAUCCCAUCCUGCUCUCUGAUACCUGAGCUGCAGACUACAUGCUCCCUCACUGGAGGACCCGGGACUUUAACCCAAAUAGAUUACCAGCGAUGAUUGCCCCAUCCCUGAUGUCAGCUGUUCAGUAAAGGGGCAGAGCACACACAUGUCACCCACAGCUAGCAAACAUCACACAUGUCACCCACAGCCAGCAAACAUACACACAUUACACACUGGCAGUGUGUACAUCACAGACUUAGAGAGUGAGACACCCAGGGUUAUUCACUAAACUUUUAAUUUUCACCAAUAAAAUAUGAAUAGAAAAACUAAGGCGAAAGAUUGUGACUGUAGAUUGGAUUGGAGAUUUUAGUAACUAACCCUCUCAAUGUCCAGAGGUCUGGCCAGUCUAGUAUUUUAGAUUAUGAUGUUCAAGUUGACUGAGCUACCACGUUAGUCCUUCGGACAAGUAGAUUUUUAAAACAUGUAUUUAUAUUUUAACAGGCCAGUACUCUAAAAUGUUCUUGGGUCAUUGGCAGCAAUGUCUGCCUGGUUAAAAAGAAACAAGGAUAUAGAAUACAGAGGAAAACACAGUUCUAAAAGAUUUGGCUGAUAGGUACACAUCAGUCAUUAUGCUAUUUUAUUUUUACAAAUUAUUUUUAUAUAUAUUCUGUUUUUAGGGUGAAUAUAUUGCGACAGCCAGAGGACUUAACCUGUUUGUGUUCUAUUUGAAAAGCAAAAAACAUUUCAGGUAAGAUACAUUAUGACCUUUCAAUCCAUUUGUGAAUGCGAAUUCUUGAUUUACACCAAUAUUCAUGUUAAAAAGAGGCAAUUUGUGUGUUGAAAUCAUCUUUAUUUUUUGAUGUUUUUAAAGGAUACCUCUAAGUGCAACCUCCAAAAAAGGCACCAAUAACAACUUCACGGUUGUGACAUGUCACCCAGAAGAAGACUGUAUUGCCACAGGACACAAAGAUGGAAGAAUACGUCUUUGGUGAGUCCCUCAUUUGACCAAUAAUGGUCUAUUCACUAAACUAGGGAUUGUGGAGAAUUGGCAAAAGAAUUGCAUGUUAUAUGGUGAAAUAGCUAAGCUGAAAAAUUACAAUAACAACUUCUUUAGUGACGGUAUAUAGAUCCUUAAACAUUAAAUUAAUUAAAUUAUACUUAUGUAAUCAAACUUAAUCUUAAAGUGAUCAUAAAAUGUGUUCAUAAAACUGCAAUUAAUCUAAAAAAAAAUGAAGAAAAAUGCAUCCUUCUUGACGUCAUAAUAUAUUGGCAAUCAGAUUUCUCCUUAGAUUGACAAGCUGUUCCCACACAUUUUAAUGAUAUCCUCAAAUGUUCUGUUUUUCUGACCUUCUAGACAUACUAUUCCUUAGCCCAAAAUGCAGAACUGUGAAUAUCGUCUGCCAUUUGCCUGCGCAGUCUCCUAAGUUAUAUUUGCUAUUCUUAAAGUAAAUCAGAUAUCGUUUUCCUAAAUAUGUUUGAUAUAUUUGUGAAGAUAUGAACCAGUUACAUUACAACAUUGAAUAACCACUUAUACUAAUGAACUAUCACAUCUAAAAUGAGUAUUGUUUGAUGAAAUAAUUUAUUUUUCCUAGGAGAAAUUUUAACCACAAACAAGAGUACACAUACACUUCCUUACACUGGCAUCAUGAUGCUGUAAUGGAUCUGGCUUUUUCAGCACAAGGUCGGUAUACUUUUAUAUUGAGAGAGAUUUAUUAUAUUACUUUACUCUUGUAUUCCAUCAGUGAACCACUUGGGGGCAGAUUUCUAUUAAAAUGUAUGUCUCCCACUGUUCUAUUCUUGGCUGGAGAACUGUUUUGUUUACCCAGCCUCUAGUGGUGAUCUAACCCGAAGAAUUUGGGUUCCUUUUCCUUAGAGCUGAAUCCUACCUCAGUUCUUCAUAGAGGCAUGACUUGUGUCUGAGAAAGGAGAUUACAUAGUCUCUGGUGUUAGCUAGAGAGUGGGACUGUCUUUGCAUUAUGUGUGUGAGUUGGUUAAGAUGAAUGGGUUCCUGCCUCUUAACGUUUAGAUCCUGGUUCCAUUUUCAUUCUGAUAACUUGAUUGCUUAUACAUAUAAAACUGUUCUAUGACUAAAGUUCAGUUUCCACCUGCAGGAACAAAGCUGCUAAGCGGAGGAAUUGAGUCAGUACUGGUACAGUGGCCUUUUGGAUCAGAGAGCAAUAGAGAAUAUCUGCCCCGUUUGGGAGCAGCAAUUGAACACAUUUCCACUUCCCCUGAUGGAUCUCUGCUCUGCACAUCACAUGUCGAUAACAGUAAGUUCAGAGCUAAUGGAUGCAGAUACAAUGUGCUCCAUUUUCUAUUUCGUGAUUCUAAAAUCAGUUAAACCUUUGGUAAUAUAAUCUAUGUUUUGAUUUAGGAAUAGUGAUUUACUACCUGACUGAUGUUUUUGUCUGAUAGACAUUUAUAUGGGUGGCCAGAGGGUGUCAAUAUGUUUUGCUGGCAUGCAGCUGGAAAAGCAUCAUGGGAAUUGAAGUUCCACAAAAGCAGAAUAUCUAUUUGUUACCCAAAUCUGGCAUUGCUGUUUUUUUCACCCACCAUAUUCUGCAUGUGGCAUAGCAUUUUACAGCAAUAAAUCUGAUACUCCUUUGUUUCCCAUCCCUAACAAUUAAACAUCUAUCUUGCAAACCCAGUUGUAGAGGAUUAAAUACCAAUUCAUUUCUUUCACUGUAUUGGUAUGAUUAGCAACAGCAGUUUUACAGCCAUAGAUCAAACCUUUAGAAGAGUUUACUUUCUGCAGGGCUUGCAUCAGUUGUACAUUCCUAAGAUACAUAAAUCUCGAAAUGUGUGUAGUUUUGUGUAGACUAAAAUGUUUUCUUUUCUUUUGAUCACCACAGAGAUCUCGAUCAUUAAUGCCAGCUUGAGAGUUUCUGCUAUAAUUCAAGGCAUGGUGAAAGGUAAAAGUACUGUUGUUGAAACUGUGUAUUUUCUUUCUUUUUUUUAUAGAAAAGAACCAUAAAUACUGGAAUGUUCGUAAAGAAAGGAAAUACCUAGGCACACCUGAGGUUACUUCUAAAAGGCAGUCUUUAUUUGAAACAAUUAAGUGGAGACAAAGUUUCGGCUCCUACCUGAGCCCCUUUAUCAAGUCACACUUGAUAAAAGCUCAGAGAGGAGUCGAAACAUCUCCACUUCCUUGGUUCAAAUAAAAAGAAACUUCCUUUUAGAAGUAACUUCGGGUGUACCUGAAUAUUUAUUUUUUGCCAUUUGAUGUCUUCAGGUAUUGACCCUCCCUUUCUGGAGCACGUAUUCCUGCUUUUUUAGUGUGUGCAUUACACUCUUGUUAGAUUUGUUUGUUUUGUUUUUUUGUCGUCAAACAACCGUACUAAUGUCCCAGGCCGUUUUCUGUUCACUUGUGCAGUUAGCCUAGCUGUGUUCUAUACAUAUUCUGUGUGUUCAGUCACACAGCUACAUAGUUUAUCAUUUUAUAAAUGCACAUCAUCGUAUACAUUGUAAUUCCUUUGUUAAAUGCUUUUUCUCAUCUUCUCUUAAUCCUUCUCUGUUGUUGAACCUGCUGGUACAACUUUUCAUUCUCGCCCAUGGAAUGGUCUUCUAUUUUUAUUUUAUUUUUCUGUACCUUUUUCUUGUAUUCCUGUCCUCUCCCUCACCCCCAUAUAGUAAGGUGAACACUAUAGCUUUAGAAAUGAUAGCAUCUCCACUACAGGUAAGAUUGACCGAUCUUACAUCUUGCAGCACUCUGGUCUUGAUGAGCCAAUCGAAUGAAUCCUCCAAAAGGAAUUAUUUAGAGGCUAGAUUGUAUGCCCAGCAAAACAUUGCACUAUGCCAAUCAAAUCCUCUCAUGGAGAGUUAUUUCAACUAUAACCAAGUUUAACUUAGUCAUAACUGUGGAAGCUAUGUGCAAUAUAUGUAUAUUUGUAUUUUUAGUUUGUUUUUGUACAAGAUAUUCCUUGAAGAUAUAGGUAUCUAUUUGUGCGCACCAAUGUUUUGUUGACUUUUAUUUUAUGUAACAUAGAAUGUGACGGCAGAUAAGAACCAUUCGGCCCAUCUAGUCUGCCCAAUUUUCUAAAUACUUUCAUUAGCCUGGCCUUAUCUUAGAGUUAGGAUAGCCGGAUGCCUAUCCCACGCAUGCUUAAACUCCUUUACUGUGUUAACCUCUACCAUUUCAACUGGAACGCUAUUCCAUGCAUCCACUACCCUCUCAGUAAAGUAAUACUUCCUGACAUUAUUUUUAAACAUUUGCCCCUCUAAUUUAGGAUUAUGUCCUCUUGUUGUGGUAAUUUUUCUUCUUUUAAAUAUAGUCUCCUCCUUUACUGUGUUGAUUCCCUUUAUGUAUUUAAAUGUUUCUAUCAUAUCCCCCCAUCUCAUCUUUCCUCCAAGCUAUACAAGUUUCCUGUUAAGUUUUAUCCUACAAUCCAUGUAAUAACUGUGGAUCAACUUCUAGUUGCUGUUUUCCUGAUAGCCGCUAGAGUUGUGUUAACCCUGCAAUGAAAACAUUUCCGUUACUUCAAAAACAGCAAUUUUGUCAGUUGCAUGGUUAAAACCACAGGGUCUGGCAAUCAGACCACAUCAUUGAGAUAAAGUGGUCUGGGUGCCUCUAGAGUCACUUUAAGUAACGUAACCUCUACAGCCUACUGUAGUGGUUAUGGUGUCAAUAUGUCACUGUCACCCUUAUUCCAUUAUAUGUCAAACCGAGGUGCUGGACAGCAGCACCCAGAGGAUCCAUGAGUUGUAUCAAAUCUGUUGAAAACGGUUUGAUAUAUAAUUGGGAGAUGGCACCAGGGUCAUGCUGGAAGCAUAACCACUAUUGAGUGCCUUUAAGUUCUGUCUUUGUUAAACUUAGCUUGCACUUUACACUCACGCUGUUCCCUUUCGUCUUUUCUAGGAAAUGACGUCAAGACGGGCCUGACAAUCGACCCCAGAAGCAAAGCCUUGGUACUCAAUGGCAAACCUGGUCACCUGCAGUUCUAUUCCCUACAGAACGACAAGCAGCUCUACAAUGUAAGCUUCCAGUACUGAGCCAUUAUCAUUUAGCAAACCGAACAUAUGCAAAUCUAGUUAUUAAUUUGAUGUAAUACUUUUUUUUCUGACACAAAACAAGAUGUUUUACAUUAUUACUAUGUUACUAUUUUACUUGUACUAUAUUUGACUGAUUCAAAAUAUAAGGUUAUUGAUGUCUGUGUCCGCAGUUGGAUAUUGUGCAGCAUGAAUUCGUCCAACAAGCAGGGCUGCAAUACUUUGAUUUGGUCAAAGCUGUAUUUAGCACUAGAGGUGACUGGUUAGCGACAGUGGAAGAAUUACAAGGUCAAGAUAUAGAGGGUCUUGAAAUGCAGCUCAAGCUAUGGGAGUUUGAAGACAAGUCCCAAAGGUAAGCAUAUGCUGUGUGUGUAUUAUUAGAAACUAAUCAAGGACAAUUUAUUAGCUUUAUUUUAAAUAUCUGUUGCGCAACACCAAUCUUCACUGCAUGAUCAAAAGUAUGUGAGAACCUGCCAAUCGAACAUAUCAAUGCAAAAUUAUGAGGCGACGUAUGGAAUUGGUCCAUAACGUCCCCAUACAAUUAUCCCUCCUUUACCAAACUUUACAUUGAAUACUGGAGGUUGUGUUCUUAUUGUAUUCCCAUCUACAAAACCCAGAUUCUUCAGCCAAACUUCCAGUUGUUGGGGGUUGGUGGUUGUUUUUUUGUUUUGUUUCUUUUUCUUAGCGCUACCCAGUUACGGUGCAAUCAGUAUAUUGUGUCGGGAAGUGGAACAUCACACCACAGCAUCCCUCACAUUGUGUACUUUUUAGGUGUUAACCAUGAGUAUAGUGUAAGCUUAGAGCCUAGUUUUGUGUUUUUUUUCUGCCUUUGUUUGAAUGUUUCUGGUUAGAUCAGAGGAGAAUGCCUUUUCACUCCUUUUAAAUUCAAGGAUACUUUAGCAGUUUACUUGCUGGAAAAUCCUUAUUGUGAAGCGCCUGAAAAGUCAGUUUGGCUUUUACUUACUUUUACAACUAAUGAAACACAUGUUUGUUUGUGCCAUUAAAGGAACACUAUAGUCACCUAAAUUACUUUAGCUAAAUAAAGCAGUUUUAGUGUAUAGAUCAUUCCUCUGCAAUUUCACUGCUCAAUUCACUGUCAUUUAGGAGUUAAAUCACGUUGUUUCUGUUUAUGCAGCCCUAGCCACACCUCCCCUGGCUAUGAUUGACAGAGCCUGCAUGAAAAAAAAACUGAUUUCACUUUCAAACAGAUGUAAUUUACCUUAAAUAAUUGUAUCUCAAUCUCUAAAUUGAACUUUAAUCACAUACAGGAGGCUCUUGCAGGGUCUAGCAAGCUAUUAACAUAGCAGGGGAUAAGAAAAUCUUACUUAAACAGAACUUGCAAUAAAGAAAGCUUAAAUAUGGCUCUCUUUACAGGAAGUGUUUAUGGAAGGCUGUGCAAGUCACAUGCAGGGAGGUGUGACUAGGGUUCAUAAACAAAGGGAAUUUACUCCUAAAUGGCAGAGGAUUGAGCAGUGAGGCUACAGGGUCAUGUUAUUUACACCAAAACUGCUUCAUUAAGCUAAAGUUGUUCAGGUGACUAUAGUGUAUCUUUAACUCAUGUGAUUCCAGAAUGCAGAAAUAGGUCUUUGAGUGGAUAGGUGCACCAUAUAUAUUACACACUAGGUGACUACUCUGUGGUCUUGCAGCUUAUCUUUUUUUUUUUCUUUCUAUAAAGCUUUGUUUUGAACACCACAAUAAACAUGCCACACGAAGAUCAGGUCACCUGCUUGUGCUUCCAAGAUUCAGAGAUAGAUUCCCCAAUCUUGGUAACAACAGGGAAAGAUGGUCUUUUCAAAGUCUGGAUGCUACGAGACGACUCUGACAUAUACAGUAAGUCCAUAUGCCUGCAUAUUUUCAAAUGAGUUUUUAAUAAUAGACUGUUUUCAAAUAUUUUCCUUCAAGUGCCUCUAAUCAUUUUUGUCGGCUCUUUAAUAGCCGCAAAGAUUAAUGGGACAUGCUAGGCGAUACAAACUAAGCGGCUCAUUGUUGUGCAAAUAGAAGCUUGUACUUUGUGUUCACUGUACUUUCCUGGACCCUAGUUGUUUCCACUGGUCAUUAAUCUACAUAAAACUAAUGUAGAAUUUCUCUGGUAAGCAUUAAUGUGACAUGUGUAUCAAAUAAUGCUUAGCUUGUAUGCUUGAUCACUUAGUCCUUCUUGUCAUAAGUAACAACUGAAUUGUAUCCACAGAUCUGUGGGCAUUUUCCUCUAAAAAUGCAGUAUACUGUUCGAACUGUAGGUGGUGUUCUAUGACUGAGAUAACAAAAUUUUAUAUAACUAUACUUCAAAGUUAAACUUUUAUGCCAUAUUACAUUCUUUUUUUUAUGUCUGUAAUCUUGAAUAAUUUUAUUUUUGUGCAUAAAGCUUGAAUAAUUAUUUUGUGCAACAUUUGUGACUUUAGAAAUUGGGUGACUACCAUAUUUGCAACUGUAAAACGAUAUGUUUCCCCUAUAUUUGCUUUUCUUUAAUAGAUUCAUUCCUUCUAAAAUCAUAGUUAUAUUUGCAUUUAAACAGAUACUCUAGCUCCAUAAUGUGUACUCCUAAGCCAACCACUGCCAUACACACACUACCACAAGUCUUCUUUCCCCUGGCUAUACAGUUUAUUCUGCACCUGCACCUUGUUUAAAGGGCCACUCCAGUGCCCAAAUACAAAAUAAAUGAAAAUCACUGCUUAGUAGAUAUAACUCAAAUGAAAACGUGCAUGUAUUUAAUUAUGCAUUUUUUAUUAGGUGUGUAUAUAAAGUUUGCAAACCCUGUAGAUCUUUUGUCUUCUGCCCUUGAAAGUCCUCCUGCUCAGUGUUCUGGUGGGAAACUUUGGAUCCUGGCAUUCAUGUAGAUGUUCCUUUUACACCUACCACCUACUUAGAGAUUGUUGCAGACCACAUACACCCCUUCUUGGCAAUGGGGUUCCGUGAUGGCAGUGGCCUCUUUUAGAAGGUUAAUGUACCCUGUCACACUGGAAAGAUUAUUAAGGAACAUGACAAAGAGUUCAAGAUUCAAGUCGCCUUGGCCUCCAAAUUCCCCACAUUUCAGUCCAACUUGAUCAUCUGUGGGAUGUGCUGGUGCAACAGAUAAAAUUCAUGGAUGCCCCAGUGUAUAUUUUUGCAUGUCUACUUUGUUGAAACUCAUGGGCCACAAGGUGUUGUAUAAAUAAACUGUAACAAGAAGCAAAUUAACAUUUUUUUUCCGUUCUUUGAACUCCAGAGGAGAGCAGUGGCUGGAUCUGUGAUUUUGUUGGCAGCUACCACGGAAACAAGGCCACAAACUGCUGUUUCUCUUCAGAUAGUUCACUGCUGGCUGUCAGCUUUGAAGAAAUUGUCACUGUCUGGGAAACAAACACGUGGGACCUAAAAGAGACCUUUUGCCAACCCCCUGGAAAAAUAAGGUUAGAUCCUAGUCUUUAGCUUUUCUAUGCUUUGCUCAGCCUUUUAGUACUGACACUAGUGUAAACAAACAUUAAAUAUAUUCUUUAUUUUACUUUAAUAUUACAUUGCUUGACUCAGGUAAUUAAGGAUACUUACAAUGACCUUCACUGGCCCUGGGCAGACUAAACACAAAUAUGGGAAUAUCGUACAUUUUAUUAGGUCUGUGAUGUUUGGAGAAUUUUGAAUCAGGCUGUGCAACUUAGUUUGUCUGAUGUGCUAAUGCUUAUUUAUCCCGCAGAAACCUCUGCUUUGGAAGAAUGACGUCCGCUAAAUACCUUCUUGCUUCUACGGAUGAUGGAUUCAUAAACUGCUGGAACUUGCUCACAUGUGCAUGUAAGGAUAUUGUAGGCUUUGUCAUAAUACUUUUCUUUUUAUUUCCUCCCCAAGUGCUGAAAAUCAUUGGUCUAGCUCAGGGGUGCCCAAAAUGUAGAUCCCCACAUGUGUUCAAAGUACAGCUUCCAUGAUGCUUUCUCAUAAUAAAGCAUGUAAAAAGUACGCAAAGCAUCAUCGCAGUUGUUGUUCUACAACGUCUGGGAAACUAAAUUUUGGGCACCCCUGGUCUUGGUAGCAUUGCAAUUGUGCGAUGCCUUGCUUAUGAACCAAUUAAUAAUCAUCUAGUGAAGUUCAUAAUUUGUGAUGUAAUGGUUAGUCCAACCAUUCUGGAGAAAGCCUUUGUUGAGAUUAUUUUUAUGUUUUAAUAUAUUUUGUGUGUAUGUUCUUACUAUCCCUUAGUAGUACAAACCGUAAAAACCAUGAUGUUAUCUUUUGUCUUCGUAAUGGUGCACAUCUCACUGACUCUCAAAGAGUUCAUGGGUUGAUUCUAUCUACUUUGCUAAAUGUAACACAUUUAUAAUAAAUAUAACACUAGAAACAUACUUUCUUUUGAGUGCUAAAUCCCCGUGUAGUAUUAAUCACAAGCAACUCUGAACCAUUCAUUUUUUUUCCAGGUCAGAUUAAAUUUGGCCUCUAGUCACGUGAAAGUAGAAAAGGUUUCUGAUUGGUUGAAAGGCUUUGUUUCCAUGGGAAGAUGUCUGUAAAUGUUUAUGGUCAUCUUACGCUGGUCAUGGUGGCUAUCACAGAUAGUCUACAUUACUGUUUCUUACAAGACUUCUAUACUGUAAAAUUAUUUGGGGACUGCACUAAAUGAUGGCUUUAUUAAGCAAUUCAUCCUGUCUCUUACUAAUGGUAUUUCAACACAAUGUUGGGUUGCUGCUAUUGACUGGGGUUCAUUUGGUUGUGUGCUGCACUACUUUAUCAGAAUAUCAAAAUUUCUGAAACCUGUUUUUGUCGCCAGUAAUUUGAAAAGCUGAUUUUAAAGGAGGGCUUUACAGUUCUGCGGUUUAUUGACUUGGUUAUUUUCGUGUUUUUUUUAGGAAAAUUUUUAAAAAUGCUUACAAGCAGAACUGUUACUUCUCUAAAAGAUGCAGUUCCUCAUUUCUCACCCCAGUAAAUACUUUUAAAGCAUUUGUUGGGAUAUAUAGUUCUGCAGAGGUAUGUUUAAAAAAAAAAAAAAAAAACUCAGUGACAUAUUUGUGCACUAAUGAGGAGGAUGGCACUCUGCCUUUUGGAUGUAGGUGCAGCCAUCAAAGGUCCUGCGCCAGGCCCAUGUAAUCCAAAAUCAAUAAAGAGAAGAUCUGCAAUUUUCUGAAACUACAGAAGUGAUGUUUCUUUUCUGCACUAUCACUGUGGACUUGGUAACAUUUACACCACUUAAACAAACACUCCGUGUACCAUAACAACUUCAUCUCAAUGGUGCCUGGAGGUCCUUGGCGCCAUCUUACCUGUGGUUGCAUGAGGUUUAGCUUGAAUCCUUUCUCUACGUCCCUCUUCCACCAUCACCUUCAUUCCUAGCUUCAAUUUAAAUGCUUUUAUACUGGACACUGGUUGUAGGCUGGUAAUAGAGAAGAGGUCCAGGCACGAUUAUUUGAACAUAAGGAACACUGCGAUGUUUCGACUCAAGAUUGUGUUUUUUUGUUAAGGUGGAAAUGUUGCAGUGUUCCGUAUGUUCAAAUAAACAUGUCUGGAUCUCUUCUCUAUUACUGUUUUUUUUUUUUUUAAUCUAUGUUGGGCUUGUGCUGGCCCAAAGUCAAGUUUAGCACCCUAAUUAUGUGGAUUCAGUGUGGUUCGAAUUGGUACCAGUGAUAGGCUGUCAUUCUCCCAUUGAGCAAAAAAUGUUACGAAUUCUUUUCAAUGGGAAGCCAAGAACCGCAUCAAUGAGAUUUAGUUGUUAUGGUGCCUGGAAUGCUCCUUUAAGAUUGUCAAUCCUUGAUCAUGAGCGAACACAUCAAACAAUUUCAUUCCACAGUGUGAAAUGCCUUUAUAUUCCAGAUUUGUAAAAAAAAAAAAAAUAUCCAUUUGUUUUAUUUUUAAUUUGCUUAAUGAAUAUCUCCACGUAACAGCUGCUAUAUUUUAUACUGCAAUCCACGCAGUAUCACGAAUGCCACAGAGACAGAAUCUGUUCAUUUGAGUCACAAGGCAACCCAUUUGAAUAAUAUAUACUAUAAGCUGAUCGCUCAAGGUUUUUCACGAGAAGUUUUAAAGUAACAAUAAAGUCUUGUAAAACAUGUACUGUGCACUUUUUGGUGUGUGCAUAUAGCAUGUGCUCAAACUUUAACAACCAUUUUAAUAAUCCGUAUCUGUGCUAUAGCUCACGUGUUCUUUAAUACUUACCAAUAUGAAAGAAAAGACAGUGAUGAAAUCAAAAAAAGAUGACAGAUUCAGUAUCAAUUGUCUGUAAAACCUAAACGUACGUGUCGUUUUCUAUACACUAUACAUGUGCUAGUUAGGAUAUCACACUUUUAUUCCUUUCUCUUUUGUUAUGCUAUGUGUUUGGUUUUUUUCUUCCUUAUAUGCUUAGUACCCUUAAAUCAGGGCUCAACAAGUCCAGGAGAUAACCGCAGUUUAAAAAUUGUUGCUGGUGCUUAAAAUGUUCGUUUAUGGUCAGGAUAAAUCAAUAGUUCUCUUUUUAUAUACAUUCGCUGAUAUCGUUAUUCUCUCUUUUCUCGUCACUGUUGAAAAAUCAGAUCAUCCUGUACAAGUAAAUAUCUGUUACAAUAAAUGAUUUGCCUAAUUCUGGUCAUAAACGGUUUACCUAAUUCUGCUCCUGAACGGGUUAAAGUGAAAUUGUCACAUCACUAGAAAUGACAGUUCCUCAAUUAUUAAUAGAACAAAACGUGAAAAAGGUCCAGGCACUCCAGAAUUCAAAAAAGGCAAUGUAUUUAACCCACAGCCAAGUCACAACGUUUCGACCUAUACGGUCUUUAUCAAGCUUGAUUGUGGGUUAAAUUAAUUGCCUUUUUUUGAAUUCUGGUGUGCCUGGACCUUUUUUAAAUUUUGUUCUAUCAAGCAAUUGGUUUCCUGCAAUUGGUUUAAAUGUUGAAUUAACUACUUACUUGGGUUAGUAGUGUAGUGGAGGUAUAGGCACCCAGACCACUUCAGCUCAUGGGGAGGUCUUAUGCGCGCACAUCAUUUGGUGUGCAUGCGCGUUAGAGCUUGUUCAUCGCGGGGAGGGGAGCUAUAGUACCAGGAAUACAGCUUUGGAUUCCUUGCACUACAGUAUCAAUUUAAUGUGCUGCUUAUAUAAUUACUUUGUUUUUGUAUUUAUUGUAACUCGUUUUUUCAGCAACAUACAUACACCUGUUUUUUUGGUCUGAUGUGCUAAAAUCGUACAGGUAGCAAUUCCACUUUAAUUGAACAGUAGCAUAGAUUGUAUUAAGUUAUGUCUGUGCAGAUAUGCAGUUUUGUUUCCUUGGCCAUUUUUAAUGUAUGUUUAAUUUUUUUUUUUGUUUUUUUUUUUACACAGUAGAGUGGAGGGCCCAGCUCAAUGUAUCCAUUCUUCUGUCUGACUCUUCUUCAGAAUACAUUGCAGCCUUCUCCUGUGGUUCGGAAAGCACCAACUGUAAGUGAACUGCAAUCUGCCCAAAGUUUUAGUUAUGCAUUAUAUUAAAAUAACUGAUCUAUUUAUGACCACCAAAGGAUGAAAAAAGUGUUUUAAUUAACACGCAUGUAGAUCUUGUGCUAAAUGUAUGGUAUUUAAAUUAUUUAUUUGUAGUCACGUGUAGAAUUAUUUUGCAGGUACCUUAAAAUAUAUAGUCAAAUACGUUCAUAUUUUGUAAUACAUAACUAUUCAGUUUACUGAUUGGAGUUAUUUUAAUGUCAGCUCAAUACCUGCCAGACAGGUCUGAAUUUCUAUGAUAGUGGCCAUACAUUUGGAAAACUCUAAUGAGGAACUACUACAUUUGUUAUUUGAGGUUCUGUAUCUUAUUCCAUAUUGUUAUAUGGUUUAAUCUGUAAGAAGCACACAUCUAGUGCAAGGCUUAAAAUGUCAUGUCUUUCACCACUGGAAGCCUGCUGGGUCCUUGUCACAAUCUCUUGGAAAGAAGUUCAACUCGCAAAUGGUGAAAAUAGUUUGACUGCUUAUUUGGGGUCCUGCAGGCACUCACUGACACCUCUUUUGGCAUAUCUUGGACGCAGCUUCCGUUUGCUCCCACUGUGCUGUGCCCAGUGAUCAACCCCCUGCACCACUAGCUAGGCUCAGUGCAAAGCUCUUGUGGCUGCAUGGAAGGCAACCGCGUGCACCCAGUUAAUCCCCGUAAGUUGUCAAACUUUUCUCAAACAGUUUGAAUACUAACUCUUGAGAGGGCGCCAGGGCUGUGUGGUUAGUGGUUACAACAUUCCUUUAAUGUUUACCUUACUAUAUUUUAGUUAACUUGGAUAGUUAGCAUUAAUUUCACAAACAUGGUUUUAAAUUCGCUGUUUAGUAUAUGUAUGUGUAUGCACAUUUCUAAUUGCAUUACCUAUCUUUUUAAAGCUAAUUAACCAGGAUUUUUAAUAUUGUUUCUUUAUCCCCUAUAUUCAACAAAUAUGUGUUUUGCUAGUCUGAAAAAUAAAUGUAAAUGUACAGAUCACACACUGUUCUGCAUUACAAGCCUUGCAUUACUUUUUUCAGUGUUUGUUUUCAAACCCGAUAAGCCCAAUCCAGUUUAUAUCCAGAAGGAUGUCUGCCGUGAGAAAGUGCAGUGGGCAGUUUUUGUACCAAGGGACGUGCCAGAAUCUCUUCAUUCAGAAAGCCAUCACUGGCUAAUCCGGUCACAACUGUACUUUCUUACAGAAAACCAGGUAAUGCUAAUUGUAUGCUUUCAUUAAAGGAAGUGACAUUUUGAUGUUUAUUAAAAAUGUAUUAUUAUUUUAUUUUAAUUUUUGGUAACCAGUUGACGAGUCUCUACAUUUGGAAAAGUUGAGCUGAACCUUAAUGUGUGUCACUAUUUCCUUGUAGGAGCUGAUGACUUUUAGCACAGAAUCACCAGAAGAGAAACUCACACCUUUAAGCAAGCAGGUAACCUGACACAGCUUUACAGAAAGAGAUUUCUUGCAUCAUGGGAAUGUGUUGAACCUUCACCUUAACAUUUUCUUUUUUGAGUCGUAAACAUGUUCUGCUGACUAAGGCAGGAAGAGACUUGUGCCAAAGCAUGAUCAUGCCAAAACACAAUUAUAUUAAUAAAUUAAGCAAACACAGUCCUUUCUGGAAAAGUUAAUCUUUUUCCAGCUAAUUGUGUUUUUGGGGGGUGGGGGAUGAGGGGGUUACAUUAUAUUCCAUACCAUGCUUUCAUGUGGACAGUACAAUAAUUAAAAUAUAUUGAAGUUUCACUAUACAGAACUUAGUAGUAUAUUUAUAGAUAUCUCAUUUAAAAAAUAUUUAAACUAUAAUUUUAGUGAAACUUCAUUUUUGUAUUGCUUUAUCUAAUUUGUAAUGGUACAGUAUUUUGAUUUUAAUUGCUUAGGGCUCCUGAAAUAAGGUUUAUAGUGUAACAAUAAAUGAAAUAUUAUGUAUUGGGAAGUUUCAAUCUAAAUCAUGUUUUGACAGUUUUCCAUAUUGUUAAUUAAUAUUUUAAUAUAAGAUGCCAAUACGGCUAAUCCAAUCUACACUAAUAUUGUAAUAUAGCGACUUGGAUCAUAAAAUACAAAUGAACAACUUUGUUCUAUUUAGGAGUCCAUCGUGUUUACUUAAAAUGCUUCCAGUUGAUUUUAUUAGUAAGAACAGAAUUCUCAUAAAGGAACACUCCAACCACAGAGCACUUCAGCUUGCUUAAGUGCUUUAUGUAUGAGUAUAUACUAUUUGUUUCAUUUUAUUAAAGUGCUGAUAUUAAUGGAAAUCUGCAUUUUUAUAAAUGAACACUGGACACAGUGCCUGCUUUUGAAAGACUGUUAAAUUAGCUGUAAUAAAGCUCAUUGGGAAGUCUGUGAUUGGAUUGGGCAACCAUGCACACAUUCAGAGUGAAUUUAAAGUAAGUUUCAAAUUUAAUGUCAAACUAGCUGGACCAGAAAAUGAUCUAAAUCAGCUGUGCUCCAAGUUAAGCUACUUUGGCCUUAAAUUGCAAAUUCACUUUGAAUUCUCACUUUAGUGAAUAAACCUGUUAAACAAUGUGUUCUUUGAUGGCUGCAGAGAAUAAAGUGUUUGUGUUAUGGAACGUAUCUGCGGUAGUUUUGAUUCCAUAAAGCAUUCUAAAUAUUUAAUAUAUAUAUUUUUUUUUUUCUUUGAUGUAGUUGGCAGUUGAAGAAAGCAUGCCUGUUACACCUUUUCACAUACUGCUGGGCAAGAGGCGGCAACAGGAGCAGGAUUUGGAAACAGAAAAAAUCUCUGCAGGUAGCCACAAAGCUCAAGGAGUAGUUGCAAUCAGAGAGGUAAGUGGCAAUGGGAAAUGUAUUUUUGUUAUUUUUGAUCGGGCUACUGUAUCCUCACGCACAGACUUUAACCCCUUAAUGACGGACCCAGUCCAUCAUACUGGGUAAGCACUUAACGACGUAUGACGACCGGGUCCAUCAUGCAGUAAAAUGAACCCCAGAUCGCAGGGUUAAUGCUCCUCUGGUCUGCAAUGGUACUCGAGGCAGACUGGGAGCACCCGAUCGUGCUGUCCCUGCAGCUGUGAUCGCUCUGACAGGCUGUCAGAGCGAGCACAUGAGCUGCAAGGACUCCUGAUCCACCUCACUGUGCUUUUAUUUUUUUUAAUCCUCAGGGGUUCAAUUUAUUUUAUUCAUUAAUUUAAAUAUUUUAAAAUGAUAUAUUUUGCUAGCUGAGGUGGGUGGAAGUUAUGGGAAAUUGCAGAAUUUACUGUUAGUGCUGCUCACUGCUAGCUUUGAGUUAACGGUAAAAAAAAAGUUUGUAAAAAAGUUUUAAGAAAGUUUAAAAAAAAUACAUUUAAAAAUGGUCAUUACCAUUACACCUGGAACAAACUAGCGAAAAAAUGAUCCCACGCUAAGGUUCAAAAUAUGCCUUUUGAAUAACACCAGGGUGUAUUCUUUAAUAAAUAGUAAGUGUUUGUGGGGAAGAUUGAAUAACCACCUAAACUUCUCCGAAAUGAAACAUGGACACAGCAUAAAACUUCAUGGUUAGAAAAAACUGGCUGCUUCUCAAAUAUGCUCCUUCAGAAUCCACAUAUACCUGGCAAAGGUACAUACGGGGGUAUUGCUGUACUCAGCCGACAUAGCUGAGCAACAUAUGAAGUAUUAACAAUUACAGUUGUAGCACACAUACGAUUUGCAAAAUAUACUGUGCAAACUCACUUUGUGUGUCAAAAAGGCAGAAAAAAAAUGCUUAUUACCACUACACUUGGUACAAGCUAGCAGAAAAAUGAUCCCACACUAAGGUUCAAAAUAUGCCUGUUGAAAUACCCUGGGAUGUCUUCUUUAAGAAAUGGUAUGCCUUUAUGGGAUAGUUGGAAUAUGUAGCCUGCUCAAGUGCUCCAAAGUGGGACACGGACCCCACAAAACCCUCCAUGAAAAUUCACACUUAAAAACCUGAACUUGUUACGUCUCUUUUAUAGCACUGUAACUUCACAAAAUAGUGUGUAGAUUAUACAUUGGACAUAUGGUUUUGCUCAGAAGAUGUAACUGAGCAUAAUUUGUUUUUUUUAUGACAGUGGUAAACAUCAAGUGAAAUACUCCGCAAAAAUGCAACAUAUGUGUAAAAAUGCCAUUUUUUUCCCCUCACCACAAACCUAGACAUAAAUUAGUGAAAAAAUGGGGACAAGUUAUGGCACAAUAUAUGCCAUAUAAGAUACCCUGGGGUGUCUGCUUUAUCAAAUGAAAGCCCUUUAUGGGGUUAUUUGAAUACUCACACUGCGAUAAAACCCUAAAUUGAGACAUAGGCCUGUCAAAUCCAUCUACGAAUAUUCUAACUAUAGAAACUGAAAUAGCCUUGUCUUUUAUGGCAUUGUAGAUUUACAGAACAGUGCCACAGGCAUACAAUGGUAGUAUCGUUAUACUCAGCAGAUGUAGCUGAACACAAUAUGGGGUUCUGUGCAGGAAUAGCACACACCAGCUUUACUAAAUACACAUCACAAAAACCUUGUUAUAUAUGUGUAUGCCAAAAUAGAGAAAAAACACAUUUUUACUCCAUUAUUUAGCAGAGAUUGGCGAUGAAAUGGCUACGUAAAAAGUGUCAAACUAACCUUAGGUAAAUAGCCUGUGAUGCGGGUGUGGGGGUAGGUAGAAAUCUAUUAGUAUUAGUAGUUGGGUGAAAGACCAGUUUUGGUCUUUGAGCCUUUUGGUAUAUAGCGUGGGAAUUAGGGAGUUAUUUACUAAGCGAGGCAUGAAUAGGAUCGCAAUUUCAUUCAUUCAAAUGAAAUUCUGAUCCGAACAGAAACUACUGAAUGCCAUUCGAACACAAAUGAACAAACUGUUCAUUCUGUUAGUACGGAGUUCAGUAGUUUCGCCGGUGUCCUAUCUUUAUGACAGGACACUGGGGAAUAGUGAAAGGAGGCAUCGGGAGUUUAGGUGAGAAUUGUGGGAAAAUUCCUUUGAUAGCGAGAAGUGGGUCAAAGCUGGUCAAGCAUAGGAAACCUCCAUAAGACAAAGUAGUCCCUAGAGCAAACUAGAGCAGACAGGAAGAAAUGAACAGAUCCUGACAGAGGAAGAGAAGAGGAAUCGAUUGGGGAAAGGUAAGUUCGGCAUGACAGUGCCGCUUUAAUGGUUGAUCAGAGCCAGAGCUAGACAAAUGACUAGCUGUAAUUUAUAUAAGGAGAUAGUCAACAAGUCUGUAUGUGUGUGUAUAUGUUCACUGAUGAAAUAACUCUUUGGAAUUAGACCCUAAAAAUCUCAUAUAUCUUAUUUCAAAUAAAUGAUCUCAUAAGGAUAGAAACUCUCAAAAACAGAAAGUAUUGGUUAAAUUGACCUUUGUAGGAAAGUGAUCAAGCCUAGGUGAAAUCUCACAGUUAAGUUUAACCUUAUUACAGGUAUCAUCUAGCCAAAGUAAAGGUUAUCUUCUGUGGAAUAAUUAUCUAGCUCAAAUGAAAUUUCCCAGAUACAAACCAUCUUAUUCUUAAAGAUGUAAGAAAAUAUAAUCAAAUGAAUAUUAAAAUUCCCAUUAAAGAGAGUAUUAUAAUUUCACUAAAACACCUGUAGCAAAGAGCUGUAGUAAGCUCCAAUUUAGUGUGCUAUAGAUCAAAUUCACCGUAAUUGUUAUGCUAACUAAAUUAUAAGCAAAUAGACUACUGCUACAAUUAGGGUGCACAUAGUGAUCGUUUGAGGAUUAGUCUGAUUCUCAUUUAAAUUGAGAAAACAAACAAAAUCCAUAGAUCACACAUUUGUGUUGGAAUAUAGAUUGUAAAGGUCACUGUAUCUGGAGAAAUAUAGCCUUACAAGGCUUUAUGGCAAAUGAGAUUAAAAUAAAUAACCUCAUAAAUCAGACAAAAUCAGAUGAAACACAGCAACGGUCAAAUAAGAUAUAAUAUUAACUAUAAAUAUUACUUGUGAUCAAGAUGUAUAAUAGAGUGAGAUUAAAGUGGGCCAGCUAUCAUGAAAUUAGAUUAAGAAAUGGUGACUGGAUUAGUAGAGCAGUUUAGAUGAGUUUUUAUAGAUAAGUAUAAUUUCUGAUCUUUGAUCUCAGAAAUGGGCAUUUAUCAAUGUUUAACAUAUUUUUUUUUUCCUCUUCAGCUUCUUCAUACUCCUGCACAUGUUUUACCUGCUGCAUCAGUCUUGUGCACAAUGUUUGUGAAUUCAUUGUUAAUCUCAAAACAGGCUAAAAGGUAAACCUACCAACACAAAUUUACAUUAAAAUUGAUACUGGAGAUGGUUCCUACUAUACUGUAAAUAGUGAUUUAAAAAAAAUUAAAUGAGGACUGAACGUUUAUCAUUGUUAUGAACAAUUUAAGCGUCAGAACUAUCAUAACUUAUUGUAGUAGUUAUGAUGCGAGGAGUUUUAGAUGAGUUUCUCUGUUCUCUGUUAAAACAGAAAACUGGGGCUUUCCUGGUACCCUAGCUCCCCAUCUGUCAGUCACGUGAUGUGGGUAUUUCACAUCCAUCUUAUCUUUCCAAAGUUUUUUUAAUCCUUAGAUGCUUAGGUUAAGCUUCAGGCAGGUUACCCCAGUGACCACGGCCUAUCAUUGCUGUCUGGUGCUGGAUGUACAUAUUAUUUGUAUGGUAUAUCAGAUUAUUAUUAUUAUUAUUAUUUAUAAGGCGCCAACAGGUUCCAUAGCGCUGUACAACAGGUGGACUAACAGACAUGUAUUUGUAACCAGACAAGUUGGAUGCACAGGAACAGAGGGAGUGGGGUAAAGUGACACAAAAGGUAAGGGUAGGGUAGGGUAGAAAAGUAGGUUGUUUGGAUAGUAUUCAUUGAUGGCCUAGUGUUUUGAUAACAGUUUCUGGAGAGGAAUCAGGGUGCGGGGAGGGAAAGCUGUUCAUUUUAAUUGAUAUGCUUUCCUAAAAAAGUAAGUUUUCAAAGAUUUCUUUGAAGUAGUAGAGAUUGGGUGAAAGUCUAACAGAUGCAUGUACAGCACAGUUACUGGUCAAACCAUUAGGUUUGGCACAGAAAGUUGGGGGCAGCACCCCAAGAAUCCUUGCACUGUAACUACUGCACUACGCUGUAGUGGUUUUGGUGCUGAGAGUUUCCUUAAGUUAUUUACGUUGAUUUCAGCCACCCAAAUGUCUGUCACUGUAUCACUCUAUAUCUAUUCAAUAGGAGCACAGAUUAAAAUAAAUCAUUUAGGUUACGUGCUUGUGUGUUAAAUUGCAUGUUUAUGUGUAAACUGUUUCUUUUUUGUUGCCAUAAUUUUUUUGAGAUGGUUCUCAUAGUGUAUCAAUAUUUAGGUAAAUUUAGCUUCUCAUAGUAUUUAAGUAGAGUGUACUUCUUCUGCUUUCUUAUGUGAAUGUUCACUAAAUAGUUCAGACUAUUUUAAAAAUGCAAACAGACCAACAUAUUUUUAGAUUAUUUUGUUUUACUUUUCAUGAUUUUUUUUUUUGCGCUCUUGGACUUAAAUCGCUUAUUCACAUUACUCUCGGUAGUCCUUAUAUAUAGAAUAUGUGUUUAAAUCAGUUGAUACCUACUCCAAUCAUCAUAGUCACUACAGUCUGCUGUAGUGGUUUGAGGCUCCUUUCAAUGCUUGUGACAUGCUUCCAGAAGUUGAUACAGUCACCAUUCAUUGGCUGAAAGCAUCAGCUUGACCGCUCUCAGAAAAUUGUCACACUGUGCAUGAAAUUUUGCACAAAUCUGACAUAGUCUCCAGAACUCUAGUUCCAGGAUGGCUAAUGACUUUCCAAUGACCUCUGGCAACUUCAUGUAUGCAGCAUUUCAUACUGAAAGGCUGGACAUACAGACUCAAGGCACCAGAACCACUUAAAAUCACUGGACUAAUCAUAAUGCUUGGAGUAAUCCUUAAACUCCAGCUCUACUGCUUACUGUGAAUGGUUGGUUGUUUUUUUUUUUGUAAACCUGACUUGACACGUUCACUUUAAGCUUUAACAUCUCCCUAGACAAGAAAUAUAUAAUUAAUCAUAGUGCUUACGGAUGUUCAUUAAAUACUUACCACCUCUCCAUCAUACAAACUGGACUCUACUUACACUAAUAUAUCACUUAAUUCAUUGGCAGCACAUCCAUGUCCUUGAGUGACAUCUGUCAUACCUAUUCUAUUCUCCUCCAGCUAUCUUGAUACUCUUACUAUAGGACUAUCAUAGCAAUACUGCCCAUGCGCUUUGGUUACUAUGAUGAAUCACCAAGCAUGCCAACAAAUGAUCUUUAUAUAUCACUGUUUAUAAAAUCUGAGUUUGCUGGCAGGUCUGGUUAUUUUGUUUAAUAUUUAGUUCUUUGUACCAUGUCAGAUGCACUUAAAACUCCCAAAACCUAUCAAUUCAGCAAGAUAUAUGUAGCUAUAAUUAAAUCUAUUUAUCUGAGUAUUAAUUUAUCUUCUGAACAAUUGAUCCAACAGUGCUGGAGAGGGGAGCAAAGACGUAGAAAUGGAAAGUGAGAAAUCAGAGGAUGAGUCUGAAGAAGAAGUAGAAGAAAUUAAAGAAGAGCAUGAACCAUUCCCUGAUGCGUUUUCAGAAGAAAUUCCACAAAAAUUACUGAAGUCGCAAGAAAAAGAACUGCGAAGGAUACGAAAGACUGAUUACAGCUGGAUAUCUGCUUUGUAGGACUGUGGCAUUUCCAUUUGCACCCUUUAAUUUUAUGCUGAUCUUAACUUGUUCUUCUGUGACUGAAAUUAUAUAUCUUUUACAAAAAUCAACUGCCCUGUGCCUUUUUGAUUAAUUCAGAAAGCAGUACCUUUUUUCAUCAUGUUGGACAUACCAACUUAUUUGUGAAAUAAGAGCAUUGUUCACUUGUGGAUUCCUCAGAGUUGACAUCCUUAUCAUUCUUUGAUUUUUUUACAUUGCAUAGUUAAUAGAAGAGAUUUUGUGCUGCUGUCAGGUUGCAAUGUCUGUUGCAUUUCAUUCAGUCUCACAAAACAAUUAUCCUUAUCUAAGGGGAAUCUUGUGCACAAAGUCUGCUAGAAUGUGCAAGUGAAGGUCUUUAACAACCACCUUCAUCAGUAUGUUCAGCUUUUUUUUGCCUAAGUUUAGACAGGAAAAUAGGAUCCUUGACAAUUGUAUUGGCAAAGUCACUGCAAAUAAGUAGUUGGAUAUCUAUAUACAGAUCAGCAACUGUAUUGGAGCCAGAAACAUUCUGGUUAAUUAGAUAUUUAGAUGAGACUAGUGCAGAAUAACGUAUUCAGGAAAUUGUCGCAUCAAUGAUUGUUUCAAAGUAUUCAGUUCAGGAGAGCAGUAAGUAUUGUUCAUAUGCUGUGUUAUAGAAUAAUAUUCAACACUGGCAUCUAAGUUAUAGUUUUAUUAUAUAAAAGCUUAAAG